GCUGCCUUCCUGGAGCCGUUUAUAGGGUACAGCCACUUCCGCUGUCGGCUUAGAAGCGGCGCGAUCAUGGCGGAGCGCGGUCAGCUCCCCCACCCCGCCAAGCGCCUCUGCUGCAGACCCGGCUAUGGCUCGGGCUGCAGGCCGGGGCAGCGGGCGGGCGGCUCCGGGCCUGGCGGCGGCGCGCUCUGCGCCGGACCCUCCUCUGCAGCUGCUGCCGCCGCCCUGGGGCUGCUACCGCUCGGCAAGACCCAGAGCCCUGAGUCCCUGCUGGACAUUGCGGCUCGAAAGGUGGCGGAGAAGUGGCCCUUCCAGCGGGUGGAGGAGCGAUUCGAACGGAUCCCGGAGCCGGUGCAGCGCAGGAUCGUCUACUGGUCCUUCCCCCGCAGCGAGAGGGAGAUCUGUAUGUACUCCUCGUUCAACACCGGCGCCGAGGAUCCCGCCGCCGGCCCCGGGGGCGCCGCCGCGCCUGGCGGGGCCAUGGACGCCGCCGCCGCUGCUGCCGACGAGAACCGGCUGCCCUUCCGCAGGGGCAUCGCUCUGCUCGACGGCGGCUGCGUCGAUAACGUCCUGCAAGUCGGUUUCCACUUGAGUGGCACAGUAACAGAGCCUGCAAUGCAAUCGGAGCCAGAAACUGUUUGCAAUGUAGCUAUCAGCUUUGAUCGUUGCAAGAUUACCUCAGUGACCUGUAGCUGUGGAAACAAGGACAUAUUUUACUGUGCCCACGUUGUGGCACUCUCUUUAUACCGGAUCCGCAAGCCAGAUCAGGUCAAACUGCAUCUUCCCAUUUCAGAGACACUCUUUCAAAUGAACAGAGACCAACUACAAAAAUUUGUGCAGUAUUUGAUCACAGUACACCACACAGAAGUUUUGCCAACUGCUCAAAAAUUAGCAGAUGAAAUUCUUUCUCAGAAUUCAGAAAUCAAUCAAGUCCAUGGUGCUCCUGACCCAACAGCAGGUGCUAGCAUAGAUGAUGAAAAUUGCUGGCAUUUGGAUGAGGAACAAGUCCAAGAACAGGUUAAACUCUUCCUUUCCCAGGGUGGAUACCAUGGAUCAGGGAAGCAGCUCAAUUUGCUUUUUGCAAAGGUGCGAGAGAUGCUAAAAAUGAGAGAUUCAAAUGGAGCUCGCAUGUUGACGUUGAUAACAGAACAGUUCAUGGCUGACCCUCGUCUGUCGCUUUGGAGACAACAAGGAACUACAAUGACUGACAAGUAUAGGCAGCUCUGGGAUGAACUGGGUGCUCUGUGGAUGUGUAUAGUCUUAAAUCCCCACUGCAAGUUGGAGCAGAAGUCCAGUUGGCUAAAACAGCUGAAAAAAUGGAACAGUGUGGAUGUUUGUCCCUGGGAAGAUGGAAACCAUGGAAACGAGCUGCCCAAUUUAACCAAUGCUUUGCCUCAGGGUGCAAAUGCUAACCAAGAUUCAUCGAACAGGCCGCAUCGGACAGUGUUUACUCGAGCCAUUGAGGCGUGCGAUCUGCACUGGCAGGACAGCCACUUACAGCACAUUAUCAGCAGUGACCUGUACACCAACUACUGUUACCAUGACGACACUGAAAACUUGCUCUUUGACUCUCAGGGGUGGCCCCUCUGGCAUGAGCAUGUUCCUACAGCCUGCGCGAGGGUGGAUGCAUUACGAUCUCAUGGAUACCCACGAGAAGCACUGAGGCUAGCAAUAGCUAUUGUUAAUACACUAAGGAGGCAGCAGCAGAAACAGCUGGAAAUGUUCCGGGCGCAGAAGAAAGAACUUCUCCACAGGGGAGUAACCUCAAUAACGAAUCUUGAAGGCUGGGUGGGUCACCCUUUGGACCCCAUUGGAACCCUUUUUGGUAGCUUGAUGGAAGCCUGCAGGGUGGAUGAUGACAGCUUCCAUGGGUUCUCUGAUUUCACGGAGAACCUGGGGCAAUGCAAAUCUCUGGAGUACCAGCACCUACCUGCACACAAGUUCUUAGAAGAAGGGGAAUCUUACUUAACACUGGCUGUGGAAGUAGCAUUGAUAGGGCUGGGACAGCAGCGAAUAAUGCCAGAUGGCUUGUAUGCACAAGAGAAGGUUUGUCGAAAUGAGGAGCAGCUCAUUUCUAAGCUACAGGAAAUUGAAUUGGAUGAUACUCUGGUGAAGAUUUUUCGAAAACAAGCAGUCUUCCUAUUAGAAGGUGGACCAUAUAGUGGCUUAGGUGAAGUUAUCCAUCGGGAGAGUGUUCCAAUGCACACAUUUGCCAAGUAUCUCUUCACCUCUCUCCUACCUCAUGAUGCUGAAUUGGCAUACAAAACUGCACUGAGAGCCAUGCGGUUGCUGGUACUGGAAUCCACAGCUCCUUCAGGGGACCUGUCCCGCCCUCACCACAUUGCAUCCGUUGUUCCAAACCGGUAUCCCCGCUGGUUCACCCUAAGUCAUAUCGAAUCCCAGCAGUGUGAGCUGGCAUCAACCAUGCUAACAGCAGCCAAAGGUGAUGUUCGGAGACUGGAAACAGUGUUAGAAUCCAUCCAGAAAAAUAUCCACUCCUCAUCACAUAUCUUCAAACUUGCCCAGGAUGCAUUUAAAAUAGCAACACUCAUGGACAGCUUGCCAGACAUAACUCUUCUGAAAGUUUCUCUGGAACUGGGCCUUCAGGAUCUUCAGCUGGAAUUACUCUCUGCAUGCUGUUCAAAAAUACCUGAACGGUGUUUUUCAAAUUGUUUGACGUGUCAGCUGAAAAAGAGGAAAUGGAGUGGAGAGGGAAAGAGGCUGCCAUUUUUAACGCCAGUGAUGCGGAUGACACUGUCAACACUGAAUUGGCGACGGCGAGAAAUGGUGAGGUGGUUGGUAACGUGUGCAACAGAAGUAGGUGUUUAUGCACUGGAUAGUAUCAUGCAAAACUGGUUUACACUUUUCACUCCAACAGAAGCCACUAGUAUUGUUGCUACAACAGUGAUGUCCAACAGCACCAUUGUCCGUCUGCAUCUGGACUGCCAUCAGCAGGAGAAGCUGGCCAGCAGUGCUAGGACGCUUGCCCUACAGUGUGCCAUGAAGGAUCCUCAAAACUGUGCCCUUUCUGCACUGACACUGUGUGAAAAGGAUCACAUAGCUUUUGAGACUGCUUACCAAAUUGUUCUAGAUGCUGCUACGGCUGGCAUGAGCUACUCGCAGCUUUUUACCAUAGCACGAUACAUGGAGCACCGUGGUUACCCCAUGCGGGCCUACAAGCUGGCCACUUUGGCCAUGACCCAUCUCAACCUGAGUUACAAUCAGGACACACACCCUGCCAUUAAUGACGUUUUGUGGGCAUGUGCGCUCAGCCACUCCCUUGGGAAAAAUGAGCUAGCAGCUAUAAUACCUCUUGUGGUCAAAAGUGUCAAGUGUGCAACAGUACUGUCAGACAUUUUGCGCAGGUGUACUUUGACCACUCCUGGCAUGGUGGGACUUCAUGGAAGGAGGAACUCUGGUAAGCUCAUGUCACUGGACAAAGCCCCUUUACGGCAACUCUUGGAUGCCACAAUCGGAGCCUACAUUAAUACAACUCAUUCACGUCUCACUCACAUCAGCCCACGACAUUAUAGUGAGUUUAUAGAGUUCCUCAGCAAGGCACGAGAGACCUUCCUAAUGGCUCAUGAUGGUCACAUCCAGUUUACACAGUUUAUUGAUAACCUAAAACAAAUCUACAAAGGCAAAAAGAAACUGAUGAUGCUGGUUCGUGAACGAUUUGGUUGAUGAAAAUGCGUGAAUGGGGGACUGGGGGGGAGGGGGGUGGUUUGUUUUUACUUGAGCCUGCCUUUGUAUCCUUUUUAACUUAAAGAAACAGAGCCACACCGGUAUUAUAUGUGUAUAGUUAUAUUGAGUUUGCAAACUAAAUUGUCAUGUUGUGAAAGUUUGUGUGUUUAAUUUUCUUUUCUUUUUUCUGUUUUGUAUGAGAGAGAGGUUAAAAAAGGUUUGGUUUACACUGAGUAUAUGUUGUCAAGUGGCAAAAGCCCACAUCGCUCUCCUGUUCUUUCUGUAUACGUUCACAGCCUCAAAAACAAACAUAUAUUGCAAUGGCUUUAAAAACCAAACAAAACACCUCCAUCCUGUGAUAAGUACCUCGAAUGGAUUCAGCUUUACUCCUUUGUAACUCAUCCUUACAUUUCAGCAUAUUUAAACAAACCAACAAAUGAAAUACUAGUAGUUAAAAGGCUGACCACGUGGCUUUGCAGUGCUGUUCAUCCAGAAGCAUGGCACACAAUGCUUGUGCAUGUGGAAACUUAGCAACUGUCAACAUACAUUCUCAGGGAUUUAUCAAAAAAAAUUAAAAAAAGAAUGAGAGCAUUUAUUGUACUGUAUAUAUAUUAUAGUAUAUGUCUGAAUAUUGAAAAAUAUAACAUUAACUAAUUUAUAAAAAAAUCUAUGUAAUGCAAAAUACUUGAAGCUGCAGUAGCUUGGUUUUAAUCAAAAAAAAAACCUAUCAGAAGGACUAAAGUGCGCCUUGCUUCAGGGUUGGCUCAGGUGGUGAACUAUAUGCUGGGCAUCUAUGCAGAGCCACCUUUUGGAUUGCAUGGUUGGACUGAUACCUAUUGGGGAAAAUUUUAUAUAUAUAUAUUUAUACAACCUGUGUAUACAUAUAUAUGUAUACACACAUACACACAUGCUUGUAACAGGCACUAUAGUAAAGAGGGACAACAAAAAAAUACACAGCCAGAGCAGCAAGCCUUAGCAUUAAGAAUACAGUAUGCCAGAAUUGGGGUUUGUGCCUCCUAGCCUAGAAGACUUAAAGAAUAUCCUUUUUGACACAAAACGCAAAAUGUUUUCCAAAAUUAUUGACAUGAUACGUUACGCCUUUGCAGUGAGCUAAUAAUAAGCUAACCUUUGUGCACAAAUAACAUAUAUAUAUAUUAUAUAUAUAUAUUCUGCAUAGGUAUUUUGACUUUGUGCAGGACAGAAAGUUGUGUAGGUAUGACUGUUCUACUUUUCAGUUUGUUUUUUUAAUAUAUUUUAUUUUCUCUAGAAUUACUCAAACAAAAGCAGCCUUCUAUCUUGCCUUGUCUUAAUGCUUUAAAAUAACCAAACUGGAGAUCUAACUACCAAACUGUUCAUUAUAUUAUUAAGUACCAACUUUGGUUACAGUAUAGUGUCUUUACUUUAGCUGAUGGUUCUGUAUCCUUGUGCUUUUUAAAGCAGUUUUUAUGUUUUGGUGCAAAAGUUGUCCAGUGUCUCUUGUUCCCUUCAUUAGAGAACAUGCUAGAAGUAUGUUUGUAGGUAUUUUUGUUUAGAAAAACUAUUUCAUGCUCUCCAUUUUAUUUAUUAUAAUAGGUAAAAAGGUUGUACUUCAUCACCCAUGUAAACAUGCUCAUGAAGUUGAAAGUAAUUAAGAUUUGAUACACUGAUAUCAAUUUAUUUAUGUAACUAAAUCACUGUUUUAUAAACUUGUUAAUGAUCAACAAUUUUUUUGUUUUGAUUAAAAUUAGUUUUUUGAAAGUUGA